AUGGUUGCGCCAGCUGUUCCUGAGAUUCAUGAGGAGGAGGAUAUCUUCGUUGCAGUCGAUGCGCGAACAGAGUCGCUGCAAAGCUUGCGGGAAUUGGGCCCCCCGGACCUGGUAUAUUUGGUGAAACAACCCAAGGCCAAUUCAACCCGUCAGACCGGUGUGUACCACCAUGUUACCGGAAUCGAUGCCUCCUCAUCCGCCAGCCUAGCCGCAUACGUUAACACCCUCACUUUCUCUCCCCUCGAUAAGACACACAAAGUGGUAUCAGGAAUCUACUGCUGCUAUAAUGCUUUCUCCCACCUGGACAUGCGAGUUGAAGUCAAGAUCCCCGGAAGCUUGGAAAGCUACUGCAUUGACGAGCGCGGUGACAAACGCGUGGCAACCGAGGCGCUCUGGCUGGAAACUUUCUUGUGCGCCGUCUUAAGAGCCUACUUGUACGCCGAUGAUGGAAGCGGAGAUUCAAUCAAGAAGAUCGUCGGAGUCCGACGCUUCAACCCGGUCACCAACACAGAAAUGGAGCACAAGUUCUUGGAUGCUGCGGAGAAGCUCUUCUUCCUCGGACGCCAGCUCAGCUCAGACCCGGAAACACAAGUCCCCAACACCGUUAGCAACCACCUGACAUCAGGUAUCCUGAAAUACAUCUACACAACCGGCCGUUAUACUUCUGGUAUCAACUUGUUCGAAAAACUGCGCACACGCGAUGUGGAAGUAUCCUCCCUGCUGGCUCGGGUACAAUUGAUGGCCGAUGAGGAGGUACAGGCGGUGCGAUUGCUGUAUGAUGCCUUGCAGGAUGUUCCAAUGGACUACGCUCUGCUUGAUUGCCAAGCGGCCUUCUGUAAGGACAAGGGCGAGGGCGAGAUGGCACUUGAGUGUGCCAAACGGGCCGUGACCGCAGCUCCUAGCGAGUUCAGUACCUGGGCUCGGUUGGCGGAGGUAUAUGUUGGCAUGGAGCAAUGGGACCUUGCGCUUCUGACCCUCAACUCCUGCCCCAUGUUCACAUACCAGGACAAGGAUACCCCGCGCAUGCCGCAACCCUCUCGCAUCAUGCUUCCUAUCCUCUCGGAAAGCAUACUCGAUGAAAUCGAUGAGGGUCAGCCUAAGCAGGGAGACCCUCACGACUAUGUUCACCCUUCUUUACGAAAGCUGCACGCCGCCAGCUACCAAGGCACAUUUUUGAAAGCUUACAACUUGCUAGCAAAGAUUGCUGGAGCCAUCGGCUGGGACCAGCUUCUGAAGGUCCGUAGCGAGGUUUUUGUCAUGGAAGAGGAGUACCGCGUCGAGCGCCAGCAUGUUCCUAAGCCCGCGCAGUCGCUCGGGGCGGAAAUCAAUGGAGAUGGAGUCGAGGACGAAGAUGAAGACGAAGACGAGGAAGACACCGGCUCUGUCACAGGCCCCGCGCCCGCAGCGGCCUCCGAGCCUGCUGCCAACGGUGCCGGUGACGAAGCUAAUGCAGAGAACUCCAUCGAGCGCCCUGAGCAAACAAUGGCCUCCGAAGUUGUGAAAUCGGGUAGCGAUGUCCCCGACCCGAACCAUACUGCAUACACGCAGUUCCGGAAUAAGCGCCUGUGUGAGCGCUGGCUGGACAACCUUUUCAUGGUACUCUACGAGGACCUCCGUAUCUACACGAUUUGGCGCACUGAAAUGGCCCAGUUCCGCCAGCAAGCCAUGGAAUACAAGAAGUCUGCCAGUGAGUGGGAGAUUCUCGGCGAGCUCGCAGAGCGUUUGGGUCACUUCGACGAGGGUAUCGAAGCAUAUCAGAAUUGCUUGUCAAUUCGCUUCUCACCCAAGGCUAUGCGCGGAGUUUUGAAGCUGUAUGAGAAGAGGAACGACACACGAGGUAUGCUGGGCGCAUUGAUUCGUCUGAUCGCAUGGCAGUAUCGCUGGUACUCCGAGUUCUCUCCCGAACUCUUGUACCUGGUGCGCAAGCUGAUCGAGGACGAGGGUGCUGUCAAGGUGCGGAGUAUCGUCCAGGCGACCAACCUGCCCCAAGCUGUUCUGGAUCUCACACAUCAAUACUGCCAACUCUGUGCUACCUUCCGCAGCAGCGGCAGUGAUACUUGA